CCGCAUGGCUUCGAAAGGGUUCCAGUGGCGCCAGAAAUAAUGACACGUAUCAGGCACGUGAUUAGAGCGCACGUGAGCAGCGGUCACGUGGACUACGCCUGCCCUUCUCGUUGCGGCCAGGGCUCACACGCCCCGGCCCCGAGCACCACCGCAGCAAGCACAAUGUCCUCCUCGCAGGCGCAGCAGCAGCAGCAGCAGCAGGCGGGAUCCGGUGCGCAGCUUAAGCGCACGAGCUCGAAGCACUUCGUCGUCGGGACACACCACCGCAAUGCCUCCGUCGGCAAGAACCUCAACCGGCUCAACCGUCUCGAGCAGAUGACUCCCCCGCAGCAGUCGCCGGCCGCGCAAGUGCCUCCCGGGUUCAUCCCUCCGCACGCGGGCCUGGCGGGCCAGUUUGGCGUCAAGUCGCAGCAGCUUGCGCAGCAGGCCGACGCGCUGCGCAAGUCAAAGUCGUCGGAUGCGCUGCUGCGGAGGUCAGCUUCGGGCCUCGCGCUCACGGGACGCAAAGGCUCGCGGGUCAAUCUGGUCGCGGGUAAGCGCACGCUCUCGGCGCUCACGCCCGCGCAGCCCAAGUCUCGCCGGCACAAACACCCUGACAAGCACUCUAAAAAGUCCGGCAACACAUCCUCGACUACAGCAAAGGGACAAUCUGACGACGAGGAGGAGGAGGAGGAGGAGGAGGAAGAGGACGAGAUAGGUCUCUCGAUCGAGGUGCCUCCGCGCAGGCUAUCGACGUUUGCAGGAAUCGAACGCGAUCAGAAGGCGUCGGCGGCGUUCAUGUCUGAAGCCGAUUCGGAGCUCAAUCGCGUGCAGCAGCGUGCGUCGUCGACCUCAGCACCGGCCUCGGGCUCGCAGUCACUCCUGGCCUCGCCCGUCAACUCUACCAAACAACUCGAUCCGAACAACAAGUCCGCGCUUCUCAACGCCGUCGAUGAGGCAGCCAAUACAAUUGCUAAAGACCAGCAGAAGCAACAGCAGCAGCAGCAGCAGCAAGCGGACGAGAAAACAAGUCUCUCAGCAGAACUACGUCGCGGGAUGCAAGACCCGAUCCCUACACCUACACAGCCAGACGGGUCUGUGGACUCAAACCCCGCGAUCCGGUCGCGCUUCCUGGUCGACCAACAAGCCAGCAGCGCGGGCUCGUCGCGGUUCAACCCAUCCCAGCCGCAGCCGAGCGCGGCCCACAUCUCAGCGUCGCAGGCCGCCGCGCGAGAACUGACCGUUCCGCACUCGGUGCUCUCGUCGUCUGCGGACUCGAACUCGUCGACAUGGGUGCCAACGCAGCAUGCGAUGCACCCCACAACAGACACCACACAGCAGACGCAGACAGAGCAACACACGCAGUCACAAGCGACGCCACCUACGCCAGGCCCGUCCGCGACAGCGGCCUACUCGCCACGGCCCCAUCUCAUAACGGACGCCGAGGCCUCGGCGGCAGCAGCGGCGGCAGCAGCAGCAGCGGUCGCGGCAGUCGCCAACACGGACGCGUUCCCAAAGAUGCCGGCAGGAGCGUCGCUGGCCGACAUAGCGGCCGCCGCGGCUGCGUCGGAGGGAAGUACGCACGCGCAGCAGCGGUACAUGUUUAAGCAGCACCAGCACGAGUCCAACUCAGCCUCAUCUACGUCCUCACCUGGAGGCGCGAGCAGGAGCGGCGAGCAGCAAACCUCGUCGUCGCAGCUGUCGGCGUCAGCGCUACUGGCUGCCGCAGCCGGCGGCCCAGCCGCGCAGCGCGAGCUCGACUCGUUGUCGAAAGAGCUGAAGAACGUGAAGCGGUACCGGGACCCGGCUGUUGAAGCGAUUGAGCGGGUGCGGGUGCGGGUGAUGGCGAACUCAGUCGGGCUGGGCGAGCCGAUUGCAGGCGCGAAGAUGGUGUGGUCGUUCAGCGCGGUGCCGGGACGCGAUAGCACGCCCGAGCAGGAGGAGAAAGAGGCGAUCGAGUUUGUGCGGGCGGGCAAGGCGGUGACGUCUGAGGAGCUGGGCCGGGUGCUGAUGCGGAUGUGGAGCGGCAAGUGGAAGCUGAUUGACGAGAGCAACAGCAACAGCAACAGCAGCAACAGCAUCACAGGCGGCAACGUCCCGCCAAACACAACAGCAGGCAGCGCGACGCCGACCAACGCGAGAACCAACGCGACGCGGCCACAGAUGACGAUGCACCAAUCCUCGCCGCAUCUGUCAAGGCCACCGACGAACGGAGCAGCAGGGCCAGCAGGAGCGGGUACGCGAGCAGGUCCGCCGGGGAGCGGGUUACCCAACACGGCUGGUGUACGCGCGACGAACUUGGGUACGGUGAGCGCCGGCGGGGGCGUGAACCCUCUGAGGAGGAUGUAGGCGCUCGGAUUGGAAUAGUCUGCGUAUCGUUGUCGUUGCCAACUAGUUGUGGUCGAGGGUACCGACUUCUUUGUUUCCGCAUUCAGAAUACUUUCAUUAUCUACUCAUUAUUUAUUUAUUAUAUCUGACGUUCGAUUUUUGCGAGGUUUGGGGCGCAACUACUCUACUACUAUUUUUCUUAUUAUUUUCUUUAUUCGACUGGGGUUUCUCUCUCUUUCCUCGGGAUUAGAAGUGUUCUUUUGGUUUGCUUUGUGCUUUUAAUAAUUGGCUAGGAAGGAGUUUUUGUGGUUUAAUUGAAUCAUCAUCAUCAUCAUCAUCUCUGCUUC